GAUCUGGCAACUUCCCUACAUUUUUCGAGAGAAUCGAUCGCAAAGGCAUUGUUUUUAUUUUAAAAUCGACUAAAAAAACAAGCCUUUAUUGAAAAAGUGAAGUGAAAUUGUGAAAAAUACGAUUUAAACUUGUAAAAAUAAGUGUUUUUUGUGAAAAAGUUUUAUCGAAAAUCGGGUUUUGGUAUUUUCGGGAGUGCCGCGAACGGUCACACCAAUGCGAUCAAUUCAAAAGACCAAAACUGAUCUGAUUUCCUAAAUGCUGAAAAUAAAAGUGUGAUUUUUUAGAAAAAAGGAUACAAAUUAGAAGGAAAAGUGGAUCGAGGAGGGUAAAAUGGAACCAAAGAAGCUCAGUGCGGUGAACAUUGCUGUGCGAGAGGCCCCCUUCCGCCAGUUUCUGGGACGACGCGAGCCGAGCGUCGUUCAGUUCCCACCGUGGGGCGACGGCCGAUCGCUGGUGGUGGACCACAAUGAGUACAACUUCGAUCACGCCUUCCAGGCAAACUCCAGCCAGGAGGAGCUGUACGAUACGCUGAUCCUGCCGCUGGUGGAGAAGGUCCUGCAGGGCUAUCCGUGCACGGCACUGGCCUACGGACAGACUGGCACUGGCAAGAGCUACUCCAUGGGCAUGGCGCCGCCCAAGAGUAUCCUACAGCCCGAACAGAUUGGCAUCCUGCCCCGCUGCCUGAAGGACAUCCUGGAGCGCCUCAACAGCCAGCAGGAGAACAACAAGGCGCCCAUCAAGGUGGCCGCCUCCUUCAUCGAGAUCUACAACGAGAAGGCCUACGACCUGCUGAGCAACUCGCCCCACCUGCCCAUGGUGCCGUCGCGCUGCCAGAACUGCACCAGCCUCGUCCUGACCAGCCAGGACGACCUGCAGCGCCUCCUCCAGCUGGGCGCCGGCAAUCGCAAAGUCCGGGCCACGCCCAUGAACGCCAAUAGCUCCCGAUCCCAUGCCAUUGUGACGAUCCAUGUGCGGAAUGGCUCCCAGCACUCGCGGAUGAAUAUUGUGGAUCUGGCGGGAUCGGAGGGGGUAAGGAGGACGGCCCACGAGGGCGUGGCCCGGCAGGAGGGCGUCAACAUCAACCGAGGCCUGCUCAGCAUCACCAAGGUGAUCAUGUCGAUGGGAGCGGGUCACUCGUUGAUUCCCUAUCGGGACAGUGUCCUCACCACCGUUCUGCAAGAGUCCUUGACGGCCAAGUCGUAUGUCACGUUCCUGGCCUGCAUCAGUCCACAUGCCGCCGAUCUCAGCGAGACAGUGGCCACUCUCCGGUUCGCCACCAGCGCCAAGAAGCUGCGCCUCAAUCCCCAGCAGUUGCAGCACAAGCAAUCGGUGACCGCACAGACGCCGCACGCCUUCCGGCGACCGCUCAGCAGCUCGACGGCCAUCAAGAAGCCCCUCCAGCCCGCCGCCCAGAACAGCAUCUGCGGCCGAAGCGACCCGAAGUCCAAGAACCAGACGCUGCUCCAAAGGACCCGCUCCGACAUGGGACUGACCCCCAAGGCCAAGAAGAGAGCUCGCGAGGUCUUGAAAAUGGAGGACACCACCAUGUCGGUGCCGUUCAUCAACAUCUCGGACUGCAGUCUCAGCCUGAUCGAGUACCAGGAGGAGGUGGGGAAGCAGGACAGGCAGCUGAUGCCGCCGCCUGGUGCUGGGAUGGGGGGACUAGCUCCUCCCAGCCAGAGGAAGGUCAUCUACGGCUCUGACAGCCGGCUGCACUCCACCGCCCUGGAGCAGGCACUGGAGCCGGCACUGGAGCCACCACCUGCACCCAGCCGACGUGGCCAGCUCUUCACCUGCCCCUCCAGCUCCAUCGAGGAGGAGGAGGCAGCAAUGGAGGCGGAGGACACUCUGUCGGAGAUGCCAACACUCUCCAAUCGCCCGAAGACCCUCUCCGGCAUCCAGCCACUCGAGCCGUCGCCUCCGAAGGCCAUUCUGCCACGCGUCCUGCGUCGCUCCACGCGCCUCAUGAGCAUCCAGAGCAUCCCCGAGAGCAAUUCCACGCAGAGCACGCGCUUCAACAAGACGGAGCACCUGCGGAGGAGUGUUCGGCUGGCGCAGCUGAAGGAGGAGCUGCCGGCCAAGGACUCGGCCAGGUCCUCGAACAGGACAAGGAGCGUGUUGAAGGCCAUGGACCUGCUACCGCCGACAGUGGUGGAGGGGGCGGGUGAGGGGGCGAGGCAGUCGCAAGCCAAAAGGAAGACCAAGAAGGAGAAAUCCAGCUGGCUGGACAACCAUCGCAAGGACUUCCUCAAUCUCCUCAACAACGGAAGCGUCAAGGAGCUGAAGAAGCUGCCGGGGAUUGGACCGAAAACAGCCGCAUCCCUGGCCACCUACAGAUAUGUGGCGGGAUCCUUUAAGGACCUCGGGCAGGUCAAGGAGCUGCCCAUUUGGGCGGGGAACAAGUGGCACAACGUCUGUGUCGCCAACUGCCUAGAGUCCUGAAACCAAACACCAGAAAUUAAUCAUUUAAAGGAAUAAUAAUAAUCUUAAGUAUUUUAUUUUAUGUGUAAUAUUCUCCCUUAAUAUUUUUUUCUUUUUUUAUUUUAAUUAUUAAAUAUUUUACAGAGAACUCUACCAAGAAAAAGUUAAAAAAAUCAGCGCCUGGCGCCUAAAAAAGGAGAAAUUUUAUUUUAAAGACUAUUUUUGUUUUAAAAUUAAUCUACAAUUAUAUAUAAAAUUAUUAAAGAAUUAUUAUAGAUUUAUCGUAGAAUUAAAAUUAUAAACUAAUAAUCUCUUAAGUCCUCUGUCAUAUUGACUUUUUUUUUAAACCAUUUUAUUCUGUAAUAGUCUUAGUCUUAUAACUACCUUAUUACUUAAGAGUUAAGAUAUAUAUUUUUUUGUAAACUGAUUCAUCAGAA